UGAUCCUAGAAUAAAAACUAAUUUUCUAAGGUUGGGAAAUGUUAGCAUUAGACUUGCAGCAUUGUAAAGACAAAUUCAAGGAUAUCAAGUAAUGAAACAAGAUACAUUGGCAUAGUUUGGAUCUUAAUGAUUUAUAUAUUUUUAACUACACAAAUAUUAAACCAUAUUCUAAGCUUAAUAUUACAUUACAUUCAGUUUAGCGUUGACAAGAAUUUAAAUUGUUUGUUUUCUUUUGCAGAAUAAAAUGCAAUUUCCCAAUGAAGUUAAGGCGGAGUUAAAUUUGGACGAACCGGGCGAAAAACUUGUACAGUAUGCUAAAGAAAACCUUGGCGAAGAUCCUGCCACAAGAUGCCAAGUUCUUUCGGAUUUUAGGGAUUUGAUUUUUGCGAAGGGAGAAUGUGUCCCACACAGGACCGACGACGAAUACCUAUUAAAAUUCUUAAGAUGCCGCAACUUUGUGAUAGAAAGAGCCCACAGACUGAUUUGCAACUACUAUGAUUUUAAAGAGUCCAAUCCAGAAUAUUUCGAAGGUGUUCAUUUAGGAAAAUUGUCCAAAAUGGGAAAACAUGACAUUAUAUCCGUUCCUCCAUAUAGAGACCAAUUAGGAAGAAGAAUUCUUUUAUACAGAAUAGGAAACUGGGACCCAGAACGUUUCUCCACAACCAACAUAUUCCAGGCGACUCUGAUAAUCCUAGAAUUGGCGAUUUUAGAGCCUCAAUUCCAGAUCGUAGGAGGCGUGUGCAUUUUUGAUCUGGGUGGCCUGACCAUGCAACAGGCAUGGCAGAUGUCGCCUUCAAUUGCUCACCGAGUCGUACAAAUUAUGGUGACAUGCUUCCCCCUAAACCUGAAAGCAGUUCACAUUGUAAACCAACCCUGGAUCUUCGACAUGGUCUACAACAUCUUCAAGCCCUUCAUCGAUGAAAGAAUGAAGGAACGGAUCUUCUUCCAUGGAGAUGACAUGGAUAGUCUCCACCAGCACAUCGACCCCAAAUGCCUACCGGAAAGAUACGGGGGACUGCACCCGGACUACAACUACAACGACUGGAUCGAAGGAUUCAAAAAAUCGGAAAAAAUCGAGAAAGAGUUGGAAUCACUGGGUUAUCAAACUAAAAAUAUUGAAGAGAAUGAGGAUGAUGAAAAUGAAAAAAAUGAUUCUGAUUAACUAGGUUAAUUUUGUAUAUAACUAGAGUAAUAUAUUUUUUUACAUCACAGUUGCCUUUACUGGAAAUUAUAUUGUAAUGCAUUUAUAUAUUUUGGUCUAUACACCAAAAAUAUUAGUGGUUUAAAUUGAUUUUUGUAUAAUAAUUUGAUAAGGAAUAUAAUCAAUAUUUUUACGAGCAUUUUGAUUAAAAAUUAUUGUGAUACGUACUAACACAUUUAAUUGAAAGUUUAGAUUAUUUUGCAUACUUUUUAUAUGAAAC